AGCAGUCGAAAUCAAAACCCUAAAACGAUGAAGGUGAUCUCUGCAUUUCUUCUCGCGAAACUUGGAGGAAACGAGAAUCCAACCUCAAAUGAUCUGAAGAAGAUCUUGGAAUCUGUUGGUGCUGAAAUCGAUGAAACGAAGAUAGAUCUGUUGUUUUCUCUGAUUAAGGAUCAUGAUGUGACGGAGCUUAUCGCUGCUGGGAGAGAAAAGAUGGCUGCUUUGUCUUCUGGUGGUCCAGCUGUUGCUAUGGUGGCCGGAGGUGGCGGUGGUGGUGGUGGUGGUUCUGCGGCUGAGCCGGUUGCUGAGUCUAAGAAGAAGGUUGAAGAAGCUAAAGAGGAAUCUUCUGAUGAUGCAGGCAUGAUGGGUCUCUUUGAUUGAUGAUUUGGUUAGAAGUUUCGUUUAAAUGUUCAGACUUUAUGUUUCUGAUGUUGGUUUUGUGAUGGAUCUUUUGUUUAAUGUUGAGACUUAUGUUUCUGAUGUUGGUUUAAUAAUGCUUGGUGCUUAUG